ACAAAUAAUAAUAAUUAUAUUAAGACGUGAAUGCUUGUUUUUAUAAGUUCCAGUGUGAUAUUUAAAAUUUCGGAAUAUUAUUCAUGGUUUGGUUUAGUAGUUUGCUUCUGUGAAGUUAUUAACCAAACUGUGUGUGAGCUGUUUAAUAUAAUAAUACUUCGCCUUUUCCUCCUCAGCUGGUUAUUUAGUGAGAUAGCUAGCUAGCAGCUAGCACCUAAGCAGCUGGUAGCUAUGGCUGCAGUUAUACUGAGUUUCCCAACUCUGCAGGGUCUGAGGAUUUUCACACAAAAAUUGUCAUGGACCAAAAGGGGCGUGAGGUUCGUCUCAGGAGAGGUGGGAAGGAUAGAGAAGGUGCUGAUUGCCAAUCGAGGAGAGAUUGCGUGUCGUGUGAUGCGGACGGCCAAGAAGAUGGGCGUCCGCUCUGUGGCUGUGUACAGUGAUGCAGACAGAGACUCCAUGCACGUGGCUAUGGCAGAUGAAGCCUAUCACAUUGGCCCUCCCCCCUCCCAGCAGAGUUACCUGUCGAUGGAGAAAGUUUUGGAAGUGGCAAAGAGGUCUGGAUCACAUGCCGUCCACCCUGGUUAUGGCUUUCUGUCAGAAAACACAGAGUUUGCGGAAGCAUGUAAACAGGAAGGCAUCAUAUUUAUUGGGCCACCUUCAUCUGCCAUCCGGGACAUGGGCAUUAAAAGCACAUCCAAAUACAUCAUGUCAGCUGCCGGGGUGCCAAUCAUUGGUGGUUACCAUGGAGAGGACCAAUCAAAUGAGAGACUGCAAGCAGAGGCUGCCAAGAUAGGAUUCCCUGUGAUGAUUAAAGCAGUCCGUGGAGGAGGAGGGAAGGGGAUGCGUAUCGCGCCGACAGAAUCAGACUUUUUGGAGCAGUUGGAGUCAGCGAGACGAGAAGCCAGAAAAUCCUUCAACGAUGAUGUCAUGCUGAUUGAGAAAUUUGUAGAGGAUCCCAGACACGUGGAGGUGCAGGUGUUCGGGGACAUGCACGGCAAUGCUGUCUAUCUGUUUGAGAGAGACUGCAGCGUCCAGAGGAGACACCAGAAGAUCAUAGAGGAGGCACCAGGGCCUGACAUUAGUCCUGAGGUCCGGAGGAAACUUGGAGAGGCAGCAGUUAAAGCAGCCAAGGCUGUCAACUACGUAGGGGCAGGGACGGUGGAGUUUAUAAUGGAUGCCCAGCACAACUUUUACUUCAUGGAGAUGAACACCAGGCUGCAGGUGGAGCAUCCCGUCUCUGAGAUGAUCACUGGAACCGACCUGGUGGAGUGGCAGCUCAGGGUGGCAGCAGGGGAGCGCCUGCCUCUCCUCCAGGAUGACAUCAUUUUGAGGGGACACUCCUUUGAGGCUCGCAUCUACGCCGAGGACCCCAACAACGACUUCCUCCCAGGGGCGGGACCUCUGCUGCAUCUCUCCACCCCCACACCAGACCAACACACACGCAUAGAGACUGGAGUCAGGGAAGGAGACGAGGUGUCGGCACAUUAUGACCCGAUGAUUGCCAAGCUGGUGGUGUGGGGAGAAGACCGCUCUGCUGCCCUAAAGAAGCUGCGGUACUGCUUACGACAGUACAAUAUCGUGGGACUGAACACUAAUAUCGACUUUUUGCUGAGUCUUUCUGGCCAUCCGGAGUUUGAGGCUGGAAACGUGACCACCAGCUUCAUCCCUCAGUACUACGCGGACCUCUUCCCCACUCCCAGAGUUCCUUCUGGGGAGACCAUCUGCCAGGCGGCACUGGGCCUGGUGCUACAGGAGAAGAAACACACCCAGGAGUUUGCACAGACCUCCACUGCGUGCAAUGACUUGAUUUUUGUGAUUUUCAGACCCCUUUCUCCGUUCGGCUCCAGCAGUGGCUGGAGAAGCAACAUUCAGUUUAACAGAAACAUGAAGCUGCAGCUGGGAGACAAAAAAGUGGAGAUGGUUGUUGGGUACAACAAAGAUGGCAGUUACACGAUGCAGAUCGGAGAGAAGGUGUACCAUGUGACCGGAGAGCUGGAGUUGGAAGGCGGUGCGUCGUUCCUCCACUGUUCCGUCGACGGCGUGAAGUCUCGCCCCAAACUGGUGAUCCUGGACAACACGGUGCACCUGUUCUCCAUGGAGGGCAGUGCCCAGGUGUCCGUGCCCGUGCCCAAGCAUCUGGCUGCUGUGAGCGGAUCCGGGGCUCAGGGCGGAGCUGUGGCCCCCAUGACCGGAACCAUAGAGAAGGUGAUGGUGAAGGCCGGAGACAUGGUGGCUGUAGGAGACCCGCUGAUGGUCAUGAUCGCCAUGAAGAUGGAGCAUACGAUCCGGGCUCCUAAGUCAGGUGUGAUCAAGAGGGUUUUCUUCAGCGAGGGUUCGCAGGCCAACCGGCACGCUCCUCUAAUCGAACUGGAGGAGGAAGAGGAGGCGCCAGAAGAGGGGAGCGGCCAGUAAACAAACUCAGACACAUAACCACGCCUGAAAACACACACUGACAGGUACAGUUACUGCGACAGCUGCAGCGACAGUGAGUCAGUCUGAAAAUGGUUGAUCACUUGAUGAGUAUAAGACGAUAGACAGGAUCAGGAUCUGGAGCGAGUCUGGAUGGGACAAAACCUCUUGCCCUAGGGACACAACACUCUUAUGGAAAGGGUAGAAGCCACCUCAGAUAGUCCUUGGUUUGACUUGUGUGUCAGCUGCUCAGUAAACAAUCUCUCAUGUACAGCUGCCUUACACACUUUAGAAUAAAAUGUUUAUGUUGAUUGUAGGACUUUGGUUUUUCUUGUGUGUUUAUGUUUUUGAAUCAAUGAAGCUCUGGCAACUUAUGUUUGUCUUUCUCCCCAUGUCUCCUCUCUGUGUUUCUGUCAGUGGUGUUAGUUUAAGUUUUUGGUUGUUUAUUUUCUUGUUCAGGACGGUGAGCACUUCCUGAUCUUUACAAGGUGACAACAUUAAAAAGUUGUAAUUAAAUCUGAUGGCCGGUGUGCGAUCAGACACCGUACUUGCAGGAUUAGUGCAAACUGUUCAAAUGUGCUUCCAGACUGACUCCCAACUCUUCAUCAUUUUUCCCUGAGAGUGAUUAUUAUUAAAUAUAAACCAGAGGUCUGCUCACCCUCUGUUGUUAGCCUGACGAAAAGGAGAAAGGCAGAAGAACACUCCAAAAUGAUCAAAUGAUUCCCAAAUUCUGUGCCCUAAUUUAAUAACCUGUAAAGUAUGAAAUGUGGGAGGCAGAGAGACGGGUGUCUGCGUCUCUGCUGAUCGCUCCCCUUGUGUUACGAGGCCUUGUAGAUUUAAACUGAUAAUUACUUGUGUUCAUUUUGUAGAUGUGUGACACAUGAUUAACAAACAUUGUACUCAGAUACUGUAAUAAAAAUGUUUCUAAAGUA